CUUCUACAUCUUAACCACCUUAUCAACUAAGCAAAAUGGGCAGCAUCACCACCGGCAAAAGCAAUAGCAAUAGCAACAGCAACAGCAACAGCAGCAAUGGCAGCUACACCACCCGCCUCCUCGCCCGCCAAAACCUCAUAACCGACACCUCCGGCCUCUCCCCCGGCUCCCUGCAAGCCAACCUCCUGAUCCUCCCCUCGCGCUACGCCCCAGACUUCCACGCCCUCUGCCUCCGCAACCCCGUCCCCUGCCCUCUCCUCGGCAUCAUCCCCCGGGGCAAUCCUCACACCGUCUCCCCGGCCGCCUGCAUCACCAACCCGGACUUCGACCUCCGCACCGACUUCCCGCAGUACCGCAUCUACCAGUCCGGCCGCCAGAUAGCCAGCACAAAAGACCUGAAGGACGUAUACACACCCGACCACGUGGGCUUCCUGCUAGGCUGCUCGUUCAGUUUCGAGGAUGCGCUGUGCGAGGCUGGCUUGACGCCUAGACACCAGAUGACCGGCCGCAUGGUGGCCAUGUAUCGGACUACAGUCCCGCUUAUGCCUGCGGGCGUGUUCAGCGAGACGUGCAUGGUUGUUUCGAUGAGGCCGUAUAAGAGCGCUGAUGUGGAGAGGGUGAGGGAGGUGACGAGGCCGUAUGGGGCGACGCAUGGCGAGCCGGUUGCGUGGGGCUGGGACGGGGCGGAGAGGUUGGGGAUUAAGGAUAUUAAGACACCUGAUUGGGGUGAGGCGCAGGUGUUUGAGGAGGGCGAGGUGCCUGUUUUUUGGGCGUGUGGGGUGACGCCGCAGUUGGCGGUUGAGAUGGCGGGCGAGAAGAUCGAGGGACUGGUGUUUGCGCAUGAGCCGGGGAAUAUGCUCGUUACGGAUUGGACGUCGGGGGAUCUGAAGGCGUUGUGGGAGAAGGCUGGGAUUGCUUUGCCUGUGUAACUGAUACACCCGUACAUCCACCGUCAAAUGGUGGCGCAUCAGUUGUAGAUCCUCCAACGCCAGUCUCAUAUGAUGUGAUGGCAGUGGCUCAAAACAAAUCUCGCAUGACACUGGACAGAUCCCCUCCAUAGUCAUACAUAUACCCAUUGGCCAUCCUUCCACUGCCAUCGUCAAAGACUUGCGUCACUCCCAUAAUCUGAUUCUCCAGCGUCC